AUGCGCGACUUGUUCGCGGCUCUCGAACAUUUGCAGCGAGUGAAGACUCUAGUUAUCGAGCUCUGCAGUGAUAUCACGUCUCUGCCCGCGUCUCUUCCCCGACUGCCUGCACUCACCGAUCUCACUCUUGACAUAGCACAACUCUCAGUGCUGCCCGAAGAUUUCGGGCAGUUGUCACAGCUUCGGACACUCGUGCUGGACCUUUGGAGUCUCACAGCCCUACCUGACUCCAUCGCUCUAGUUACCACGCUUCAAGAGCUAUCCCUCAAUCAUCUUGUUAAUCUGACAUAUUUGCCCCAUGAGUUCGGCCAGCUGGUUGCUUUGAAGAAGCUGUGCUUAAAAUACCUUCAUCAGCUCAAAAACCUGCCUGAAACCUUCGGGCAGUUGACAGCCCUCCAGGAGCUGAAAUUGCUCGAGUGUAAGAAGCUGCAGCAGCUCCCGGACUCCCUGUCGCAGCUGUCAUCUCUCGAGCACCUGGAGAUUAACAUAUGUCCGGACCUCACGGCACUGCUAGAUGACAUGGGCAAGCUGCACUCGUUGCGCCAUCUGCUGCUACUGGACUGCACGGCUCUCACCCACCUCCCUCCGUCCUUCUCCGGCCUGACGUCUCUCGAAACCUUCAAGAUCUUACAUGCGAAGCGCUUCAAGGGCGCUCUGAUGGACGGCUUUGGCUGCUUGAAAAGCCUCAAGGAGUUGUCGCUCUUUAGUAUGCCGCGCCUAUCCGCCCUUCCUGCUUCGUUCUCAGGUGUUUUCUCUCUCACCAGCCUGGAAGUGGGAAAUUGCCCUAAAGUAACGGCCCUGCUGGAGGGAAUCGGACGGCUGGAGGCGCUUGUGGAGGUCAGGAUCUCUGAGAUGAACGGCCUGGAUUGUCUCCCUCCGUCGCUCUUUGAGCUGCCCUGCCUGCGGGUGUUGGAGAUGCGAGCAUGUGGUGGGCUGAGUGCGGUGCUAGGCGAUGAAAAUGUGCUUGAACAGCGGGUCAUGAGACGGGUUCCUGCAAGGAGAGAGGAGGACGAGGAAGCGGAGGAGGGGGAGGGUGAGGAGGAUGGGGAGGGAGGUGAUACGGAAGACGAGGAGUGGGACGGGGGAGGCUAUGCGGCGGCAGAGAGGGAAAUGGCGGGCUGGGGUUGGGAGGCGAUGGCGGACGAGGAGAGCGGUGGUGAUGAUGGGGACGUUGAGCAUGAGUAUGAGUUUGACAGUGAUUGCGACAGGGAUGAUGAUGAUGAUGGAGGCUGGUCGGGGGAGCGUGAUGAUGACUAG